CAUAUGUUUACUGAUACAAGAAAAUAUAUAAACGUACGGAAGUUUCUAACAAACGUCACAGUUCUUUCUCAACUGGCACGAUGAAGCUUAUGAUAGCGUUGUUCGCCAUCUUGGCCGUCUUCGGCUUAGGCCAAGCUCGUCAAUUCCCGGAUUUUGGUGAGGGUCCUCUUCAUGAGCACAUCCACGAUUUUUUGGAUUUAAUCCCUGCGCAAAAAAUUCAAGAAAUCGUUUUGGAUUACUAUGCCAACGAUGCUGAGGUGAAGGAGGCUUUCGAAUACCUGGCUAACUCAACCUUAUUGGAACAUCUUUGGAGACACAUUAUAUCCAUUCCUGAACUUCAAAAUCUUCUCGACUAUCUGAAGAGAGAGGGCAUCGGCACCAAGCACGUAAUAAGUGAAAUUAACAAAGUCUUUAAAACAAAGAAAUUUAUACCGAUGCAAGAAUUUAGAAGUACAAAAGAAAGAACCGGUGGAAUCGCCGGACUUUUCAAAGACAUCAGACAACAGAUCGAUUAUAGCGAUUACAUCAGAGUGUAUGCCAACAAGACACGAACCUCUCCGACCUUUGUCAGGUUCAUGAAGGAACUCAAAUCGGAAAACUUUCAGCAGAUUGUUAACAAGGUUUAUAAACACUACAACUUCCAAUUCAUCCGGAAUCAUCUGAAACGCGUCGGAGUGAACGUAAAACUCGUAGAAGACAUUCUAUAUCUCGUUCUUGGCGUCACGAUACCACCCAAAACGCUGAUAGAAGAGAUUACCGACUUUGGUCAACUUAUUCCGACGGAAUACAUAGAAAUAUAUGUUAAGUAUUUAAAUGAAGAUGAAAAGGUACGAAAGGCAGUGGAGUACCUGUUCACACCUGAGUUCCACAAUUUGCAACGUAACGUCGAGAAUCUGCAGGAGUUCAAUGAGCUUGUAAUAUUCUUCGAAAAUGCCGGACUGCCAUAUGUCGAUUUCAUUCGGACCCUCCACGAAGCUAUCGGCAUGGAAAAGUACGUGCCAGCCUAUAUGGAACAGUUUCUUCAACAAACCAGUAAACCACAGAAAGUCGGCGAAGGAAUGAAAGCAAUGCUCGAGGAUCUCUACAAGGUUUUGCCCGUAGAAGAGAUCGACGCUCUUUUCGAGGAAAAAUUAGUGACUUCCAAGGUCUUUGCUGAUUUUCUUGUAAAACUUUACUCCCAAGAAAUGUAUAGACUUGUAACUGCUCUGUCUGCACAACAAUCAUUCAAGCAGUAUCUUGCGAAGACUAUUGAAGUAGGAUUAGAACUCGAAGGUGUCGCGAAAUUAUCGGCUAGAAUGAUUGGAAUUAAUAUUAAAUAUAUAAAUGUCUGUAAUGCAAGUAUAUAUAAGCGCACGAAAAUUAUCCGUCGAUGUCAAACUUUCUUCACGGCUGACACGAUGAAAUUUACGGUAACGCUAUUUGCCAUUUUGGCCAUUUUCGGCCUGAGCCAAGCUCAUCAGGUCCCGGAUUUUGGUGAGGGUCCUCUUCAUGAAGAUAUCCAAGAAUUUCUGGAUUUACUUCCCUUUAAAAAAAUUGGGAGUGUUGUAAAUUAUUACCGACAGCACGAUCCUGAAGUGCAAAAACUUGAAAAAUACCUUAAAAACACAACUUUAGUCAGAGAUCUUUGGGUGGACUUCCAGGCGGUUCCUGAAGUUCUCAACCUUUUUAACUACCUGCAGAAUGAAGGUAUUCAGAUCUACAAUGUAGUGAACGUAGUCAACAGAGCUCUUAAUAUCAAGGAACUUGUACCACCCGAACAACUAUUAACGCAAGAACAAGUCGAAGUCAUGAAAAGAAAAACCGGUGGACUCGCUGGACUUUCCAAACAAAUCAAGAAGCUGGUAGAUGCUGACGCUUUCAUCAGUCUGUACGCCAAAAAGUUGCAAACUUCCGAGGCUUUCGUCAACUUCAUCAGUGAGCUCAAGUCCGAGAACUUUUAUCAACUUGUAAACAAGGUUUACAGAAUUAGAGCGGUACAAACUCUCUUAAAUAUCCUGAAACAAGCCAAAGUAAACGUGGCGAUCGUAGGUGAUCUUCUGUACGUCGUUCUCGGCGUUAAAAUAGAGCCUAAAACCCUGAACGAAGAGUUACUUGAUUUUUACGAGCUGCUUCCGGUAGAAGAUAUCAUAAACGUAAUAAUCACGUAUGUAAACGAAGAUGAAAAGGUACAAGAAGGUAUAAAGUUCAUGUUCACUCCUGAAUUCCACGCGUUGGUGCGCGCCGUCGAGGAUCUGAAGGAGUUCGACGAACUUGUGCUGUACUUCGAAAGAAUGGGAUAUUCAAUCAUCGAAGAUAUUCAGAAAUUCCACGAACUCAUCGGCAUGGAAGGGUACGUGCCACCCAAAGUCGAGAACAUUCUUAAAUACGUAGGUAAACCACAGAAAGUCGGCGAAGGAAUGAUUGCAAUGAUCAAGGAUGUCUACGCUCUGUUACCAUUGGACAAGAUCGACGCUCUUUACGAAUACAAGGUGGCUAAUUCCAAGGUCUUCGCCGAACUCGUCAAGAACGUUACCUCCGAGGAAUUCAAGAAAAUAGUCACUAAUUUGUCCACACAAGAAGCGCUAAAGCAACUUCUUUCAGAUUCCAAAGAAAAGGGAUUAGAGAUCGCAAGUCUUCAGAAACUAUCUCUCAGAAUGAUUGGGCUCGUCAAAACCCCCCCGUUUUAAAGUAUAUGAAGUAAUUUAUGUAUUUUUACAGAAUCACAAUCUUUUGACACAUUGAAACACACAAGAUGUAAUUAAAAACCUAAAAUAUAUAUAUACAGUUUAUCAAAAUAAUAAUUCCUUAAAACCGAAUGAAUAAAAAUGUAUUUCAUAAUAAA